AUACGUUUCUAUUAGAAUUCAAAAUAUAAAGAAAUAUUUUUGAAAAAUUAUUAAAAUAUUUUCAUACAAACGCUGUCCGAAAAUGUUGUUGCGUUUAUCGUUGUCGUUAGAUUUCAAGUUGAAAGUAUUUUUAUUGUCGGUAUUAUUGAUUUGCGUAGUUAGUGCUGAUGGUCAGAAUUUUGAUGAAAUUUGGUUAAAUGAUUCUUUAUCUACGCAAUCGUCAUCAUCAUCAUCAUCAUCAUCAUCAUCAUCAUCAUCAUCAUUAUCAUUCAGUAAAGCAUCGGACAUUAAUCGGAUUUUGUCAAACUCAACGUAUUUUGAUGAGCCAGACUCGAACGAUAGCGAUUAUAAUGAACGUAUAGUGGAUAAUGUAACGGACAUCUGUUUACAGCGUUGUGUCAAUGAGGAAACUCUAUUCAUCAACGAUUUUGGUGUUGAGUGUUUAGCAGGCGAUGAACGAAAACAAUGUUUCCAUUCGAGAUGCUCAAAAGGUUGCCAGCAAUGGUGGCAUGCUUUGAAGGAGUCUGAAACUUGCCAGGAAGCAUGUGCUUCAGUGCAAUUUUAUCCUUAUGAUUUACCAUGCAUUUCCGCUUGUGAAACUUCACAAAGUCAUUAUUGGCACUUGCAACGCAUUUUAGUGGAAACUUUGAUAGAAACUAUUACUGCGACCGGCAACAGCAGUAAACCGCAAUUGUUACUGAAUGGGGAGUUUUCAGCAAAGCAGACAUUAACGCUUAAGUGGCCCGUAACUAAACAAUUCUCACGGCAACAUCAGCAUCAUCAUGUUUAUCAUUAUCAUUUAGCUAAUCGCCUAUUUAACAUACAAUAUCAAUAUGUGGAAAAACCGAAAUUAGGACAACAGCUGGAGCAGGAGGACAAUUCAACAGAAACAUGGUGGAAUUUGUUGGAUUAUAAUUGCAAUGACGAGUUUGAGUGCGAUAUUAAGAGUUUAACGCCUUACGCCACAUACCGGUUUCGUUUCAUGUUAGUUUUUGGUGAAAAUCCUGAAGAUAUUUUAUAUUCAACUCCGUCGGAUGCGUUUAGUACGCCAGCUUGGGGUAAACCGCUAUCGAAGCCGAUUAUUACAAAAACUUUGGCCUUAGAUCAUAAACGUAUUGUACUAUUUUGGCGGCCAGGAGAACUUGCAAAUGGUCCUUUAAUUAAUUAUAAAUUAAUUUUAAAAGAUUCCGCACGGAAUGUGCAAAAGGAAGAGUUGUUGCCCCCUAACUUCUCUAAUUACAUUUUUAAUGAUCUCUUACCGCAAACUAAUUAUUCUUUGCAAAUUUCUAUGAUUAAUGAAGAGGGUGAAGGUCCUCCGGCUUUCACAUCGAUUAAAACUAUAAAAUAUGUAAAAGUUUCUGAAAAUUUGGAACAAUCAAAUUUGGUACUGGUGGCCGGAGAGUAUGCUGUUAUUUUAAAGUCUCUCGACUCCUUGACCGAGAAUCGUGUAUUGUUGGAAAGUGGUGAGCUUAUAAAUGAUUUCGAUUAUCAUCAAGCUACGAAACAUAUAUUUGUGGUAAUAACUUCUGGUGACGUUUUUAGUUUUCAUUUAGAUGAGCCAAAGACACGUAAGCCGCUGAACUCGAUUUCCAAUCAAAUGAAUUUUAAACCAGAAAAACUUACUAUCGAUUGGUUGCAACGAAAACUUUACGUAGCAGGACAGAGUGGCGAGAAAACGAAAGUAAUUUGUUGCAAUUUCGAUGGUACGGAUAUACUUACGAUUAUACGACCUAUUUCCUCUUCAAUUAAACAAAUUGAAGUCGAUCCUAUAAAUGGUUGGCUGUUUCUUUUGGAAUACCAAGGACAAUUACGGAGCUUAGAUCUAGCUACAAAGCAAACUAAAAUUAUUGCCGCCCAAGAAAUUUCUUAUUUUUAUAAUGAUUUCAAACGCUAUUUACUUAUCGUUGGCAACGAAACAGAUAAGGGACUCUACGAGCUAAGCUAUGAUGGUCGUUAUAAGCAUCAGAUUUCAGAUAAACUUAAUCAAAAUGAUAUCCAAGCUGUCACAUAUUUGGGCGGUUAUACCUUACUGGCUACAAAUGGUACAAAUUUGUUACGUUUUAAUUAUGAAACAAAUGAACAGUAUAACUGGUUGGUCGACGAAGUAGAAUGGUGUUGGCUGGCUAUACCAGUACAGCAAAGUCCUUUAUAUGGUAGGCAGUCAGUGCCAUGGCCAAAGGAGCCACCGAAAAACUUGCAAGCAGCACUGACAGCGAAAACAGCGAAAAUUUCUUGGGAAUGCACGGGCUGUUACAGCAACGAAUUCCAAACUUUAGCUGCCUGGAGGAAAUAUGAGUAUGAAUUGGAAAUUCUGGACGUUGCCAGUAAUAGUGCAUUCAAUAUACGAAACAUCAAAACCUAUUACUUUCAGGUGGAACGUUUACAAGCGAAUAAUCAAUAUAAAAUACGCGUACGAGCCUCGUCAACGACGGGUCGCAGUGAAUGGUCGCAAGAAUUAACAAUAUGGACUUGGCCAAGAGGCGAUCAUAAAUUGAUAUGGGCUACCGAAAAAGGUCUUUAUGAGAGCAAUGAGAUAGGGCAAUCAGCCAUAGCAAGAGGUUUUAUAAAAGAUCCUAUAAAGCGGUUCGUUAAAGUGAAUAAUACCGUAUUUUAUAUGCGGGGUAAGACUAGCAACUUGGAAUGUAUGAACAUAGUGACACCGGCAAUGAAGUGUAAGUUUAAAAUUUCUCACGUUUCUGGUUUUGAUUAUGAUUGGAGAGUCGAGAAAAUUUAUUGGUCCGAUUUGGAAAGACGUUGCCUGAUAAGGGCUAAUUUGGAUGGCUCUCAAAGGGAAUUGCUACCAAUAUUUGAAGCACUUCAGAUACGAGUCGAUUCCGAAGAAGGAUAUCUGUACUAUCAGUCAGCAAAUCGUUUGGCUAGAAGGCCUUUGAGCGGUUUCAGAGAAAGCGAGAUUUUCGAAUAUUACCGAUUGCAUAGCAAUGGUGAUAAAUUUUUGGGUUUCGCAUUAGAUUUCCAGCAAAAGUUUAUCUAUUGGCUCGUUAAUCAGCAAAAAGGUUUAAUUAAACUUUAUAAAGCCCAAGUCGAAAAAGGCAGCAGUACCGAAAUCAUUAUAGACGGCCAUGAAAUAGUGGAACAUUCCAUAGAAUAUAUAAAGGAGAUUAAAAGCUUGAUAUGGCUGAAAGCUAAGACACAUGAAUCUGUUGUAAUGUCGGUGGAUUUUGAAAAACACUAUGCUCAGUUCGACAAUCCCUUAAAUUUAAAAGCUUCCAAUGUUAAGCUUGCAAGGGAAGCUUAUACAGUCGCUGAUUUUAAUGUUAUACCGCCGCCAGUAGAUGUCGACAGCAUUGCUGUUAGUGAGGGAUACUGGGAUGAAUUUCAAAUAAAAUGGUCCCCAGUCCAUACUCCAGAGAAUUUCAGUAUAUUUUAUAAAGUUUUAUUUCAAUUUGAAGAUGAUAAAGCUGAGCAAAUAAUGACGUUCGAAGUUGGGGAACCUUUAGUACAUAUAACGAAUUUCAAUCCCACGCAUCAAUUAAUAAAUAUCACCGUUUUACCGCAUACUUAUUGGGCUCAGGGUCUGCCCGUUUUAAAGGAAUUACUUACACCAUUGUCAUCGGCGAAGCCACCCAGGAAUCUACGCAUCUUUGUUGAAAGGUUUAUGAAACCAUUAUGGGAUGAAGCGAAUCUGACAGUUGUAGUACGAUGGGAUUCGGUUCAGUAUAAAACAAGAAAGGAUGACAUAUUUUAUAAAGUCUAUUGCUGGCAGGAAAAAAAAUUGAUAGUUUUCAAGGAUGUGGACUACAAAGGAGCAACCGCGCAUGAAGCCAGAUUUGUAAAUUUAUUGCCGCAAACGACUUAUAGCUUUCAAGUUCAAGCUUUGGCUAUGGCGGAUAGAGUAGGCAAAGAAAAAUCGAGUUGGUUAACAUAUCAAAUAAAUCCGGAUGUACAAUCUUUACCUAAAUUAAUUUACACUACUAGUCAGUUUAUAGCCGAAUUCGAUAUCGAUUUGAAUUUGACGCGGCCGUUGGUGUAUAUUUCGAGCGAAGUGGAACAUUUGUGCUUUAUGUCUGGGGAGAAUCGUUUAAUUUGGGUUAAUGAAAAUGUGGAACUAAUGUCAUUUGCACCGGGCUACUCGGCAUUAAAACUGGCGCGCAUGCGCGCAGAAGUCUUAUCCCUAACCGUAGACUGGGUGCAGCGAAUUGUUUACUGGGCCGAAUUAACGGGUGAUACAACUAAUAACGUGGCCAUCUAUCAAUUAAAUUUAUGCUCCUAUGACGGUAGAAUCAUGCAAGGCUCUAAACUAUUGACAACGCAGCCCAAGAAAUGGUUAAGAAAUCUUCUGAUUUUACCUUUCUCGCAAACUCUUCUAUGGUUAGAAUAUGAGCACAACAAUAGCAUCGCUCUAAUACAGGGACGCAAUCUAACUGAUAUGAGCGAGAUUAAUUUUAAAAUAUCUGGUAAUAUAUUUCAUAUGUUCGAGGAUUCAUUGUCGCCCGAAAUGGAAACAGUUAACAUCGUAGAUUCUGAGGGCAAAUUGUGUUCCUAUGAUAUUCGAAGACAAUUAUGUACGACUUUAAAACUUCCCAAUGUUGAAAAUACGGAGUCAGAUUAUUGGCAGAGAGAUGCUGGCUACAUUUACAGGCUUUACGGAAAAAACUUACAAAUUUUCAAUCGUCGCAGGCACACUUUGGAUUAUGUGGUGAAAUUAAUGGAUGUGAAAUUAAUUAAAACGUUAAACUAUCAAGAGUACCCUAAGAGGGAAUGUUUGCUUCCACAAAACUUUACUUUAUAUAAUAAAAAAAAGCUCUUAAAAGCUUUAAAAAAAUUUAUUCACUUCAGAGGAGACUCGUUUAUAACUUUCGCUUUACCCAAACGCUCCGAAAUCAAAUAUUGCAUUUUACCCAUACCGGAUGUAAGGUAUAGUUUAAAAAUUUUUGAUCAACAACAUAAGUUGGCAGGAAGUGUUAUAACAACGAAUGAAUCGGUUAAUAUUACCGAUUUGCAACCUUUUGCUAAUUACACUCUAUCAAUAGCGGUUACAAGCUAUUAUCAAAAGAAAUUGAAUAUGACAGCAAUCAUCUAUCCUUUAUUCCCGAUUAGUACCAUAGAGGGUACACCUUCGCUACCGAGGAAUUUGUCUGCCGCCGCUAUUAGUCCCAAAGAAAUUCGCGUAACGUGGUCUCAACCGGAGAAACUGAACGCGCGGCGAGUAUUUUACGAGCUUCACUGGCAAUUGAAGAAUUCAUCUCUAAAAAUUUCACGUAUUGUUAAUGAAUCUUCGCCUUUUUUAUUCCUUAAUAACAUGGAACCAUCACAAGAGUACACUAUACGGUUAGAUGUAUAUUCGUCACCUAGUAAGCGAAAUUCAACGAAUGAGCUCAGUGCCCGCACCUAUGAUCUGCCCGAAAAUCUAAUGCUGAUCGAUAAACAAUCUACGAACUUAACCUUUAGAUGGCAACGUAGCUUAGACGAUUUUAACUCUGCUCACCUUAUUGUACGUCCAUUGCUUUUAAGUAAUGACACUAUGAAUUUCGGCCGUUUCGAUCUUGAUAUCACUCAUUUAAAUGGGGACAUAACAGUCACUGAUUUAAUACCAAAAACGAAGUAUGAAUUUCAUUUGAAACUAUUUUACAAGGGAGCGCAUGAACGUUUCUAUUUAUGGCCAGAACAAAGGCAUAAUCGGUUCGUGUAUGAGACAUUGGGUGCGGCUCCAACUAGUCCCGGGCAACCGAAAAUUGAACAUAUUACUGGUGAAAUAUUUAAAGUAUUUUGGGAGCCAGCACGCAACAAUGGUGCUCCCAUUGUUGAAUACAGUUUAGAAGCAUUACAGGCAUUACAUGCUUAUAACAGCAAUAAACGCGUACGGCGCAAUAUUGCAACUAAUGGCGACGACAAUUAUAAUUUGCAAGUAAAUGCUACCGCGAAAGCUUUGAGGGCUGAGACGCUUUCUGUGGAGGAAUUACCGCCCCUGGAAGACAUAUGGUUUACUUAUUGCAACACACCUGAGCUUAGUUGCAUUGUGCGUGAAGUCUACACCAAGCAUUUGUUAAUGUUUCGGGUGAGAGCGCGUAAUGAACUCUACGGUUGGGGUCCAUACAGUAAGGAGAGUAUAAAAAUCUUAGAGCCAUUUGUCUCGCCGCAAAAACGUCAGUCAUUGGUAUUGGCAAUUGUAGCUCCAGCUGUCAUCGUUUCCAGCUGCGUCUUAAUUCUUAUGGUUUUAAGGAAAAUACAAAAACGUCGCGUGAAAACGAAGAAGUUAUUGCAGAAUAGUCGACCAAGCAUUUGGAGUAAUUUAUCAUCGUUUCAACAACAAACAUUUUCACAUCGGCGUUCUUUAACUAGUAGCUCGACAUGGUGCUCUGGAGGUCCCCUAAGCGAUGCGGAUAUUGCUUUAUUACCUCAUAUACAGUGGUCUCAAAUAACUUUGUUAAAUUUUUUGGGUAGCGGGGCAUUCGGUGAAGUAUAUGAGGGACUGGUAAAUCAUGAAAAUCGCGAAGAACCGGAAAAGGUAGCCAUUAAGAGCUUACGAAAAGGCGCGAGCGAGUUUGCGGAAUUGUUACAGGAAGCGCAACUUAUGAGCAAUUUUAGACAUGAAAACAUUGUACGCUUAAUCGGUGUCAGUUGUGAUGCCGAGUCUAUAUCCAUAAUCAUGGAACACAUGGAAGGUGGCGAUCUGCUUACAUAUCUAAGAGAAUCACGAUCAAGUUUACCGAAAUCGUCGAUAUCAUUUCAAUUAUGGGAUUUGGUUAAAAUGUGUAUUGACGUUGCCACUGGCAUGAGUUAUUUGGAGGAUAUGCAUUUCGUACAUCGUGAUCUCGCUUGCCGUAAUUGCUUGCUUACAUCUCGGGAGGAGAGUAGAAGAGUGGUAAAAAUAGGUGACUUUGGUUUAGCUCGAGAUCUUUACAAAAGCGACUAUUAUCGCAAAGAAGGUGAGGGUCUGUUGCCCGUACGUUGGAUGGCACCUGAAAGCCUGGUCGAUGGUAUAUUUACAAUACAAACAGAUGUUUGGGCGUUCGGUGUACUGUGUUGGGAGAUCUUAACAUUAGGGCGACAACCGUAUGCCGGUCGCAAUAAUUUUGAAGUAUUAAAUUUUGUUAAAGAUGGAGGGCGACUGGAGCAACCGCCAAAUUGUCCCGAUAAAUUGUUUACCUUAAUGAUGCAGUCUUGGUCGAAAGAUCCGGACGCGAGGCCAACAUUUCGCCAUUGCUUAAACACUCUGCUAGGUAUUAAAACUUACGCGCGACGUUUGAGUUUGAUUAAAAUGAAAGCAAGAGCUGAUGGUGAGCUGUACGCCAAUACAAACGGUAGCUGCAAAAGUUCGCUUACAAUCAGCGGUUCAUUGAAUACGACGGACGGAGAGGAAGGACAAUUUGCAAUACCUAAGGCGCCUCUUGCAAAAGUUCACUUUGAUGAUAACAGAGAUUCUAAAGAGUACGAAACUGAACCAGCAUCAGACGUUUCAGAGUUAUUAGAUCGUAAGUUACAUAAUGUACAAAGACAUCCCGAUUAUUUUGUUAAUGAAGGUAUCUCAAGGUUAUAAGUCUCAAUUAAAUCGAAAAUAAGUAUAUAUAAGAUUACCGCUGUGGAAACGACGCAGAUUUUUCUUAAGAAAAAUUUUAAUUUCAUAAGGAUUUAAAUAACAUCCAUCGCAAUUUUAUAAGUGUCAGUUUGCAGCCGUAGCUAUGAGAGGUUAAGAAACAAAACGAAUUUAUCGCUUGUAAGUGUAGUUAAUAAGAAAAUUUUUCGCGAAUUUUCCAAAGAGACUGUUUGUGAUUAUGAAAGAAAUUGAAUAAAAUUUUUAAUAUAAGCCUCGAAGAGAACAAAUCCAAUUCCAUUAAUUUACGAAAUAUAUUUAUUUAUAAUUUUACGAUUAAUUUGGUUGUAAAUCGCAAGGUUAUGUCAAUUUUGCUCUUAAAGACAUGCACACCUAGAUUACGCGGAGAAAUUGCGCAAACAAUCUUUGGCAUGUUCGAGCUAGUACCGCGUCCACUCCGAAAAUAUCAGACAAAGUUUUUUUUUAUCUCCAUCGCGUUAUUCUUGUUUAUGAAACUCAUACAACAUACAUUGUAGCUUUUUUUCGCUCACGUUAAUCGUUUUACACGUAUACUAAUCUAACUGUUUUAAUUGGUUGCAAGUAGCAAGUUUGACUGGUGGCAGCGGUCAUCAGGGGUCGUAUAAAAGCCCAAAGUAUAUUAAGAAAGCCUUGAGUCAUCAAAACCAUUCAUCAUUCCUGGGCAAAAAGUUCUCAAUUCAGCGAAGCGGAAUAAAGAAGACUCGAUGGACAUCGACUUGAAGCAAAGCGCCCUUUAAGUAAGCGUGGUACCCAAGAGGUUUCUUACGUCUUACGUUUCAUAUAAUAUGAUGAACACAAUGCGUUUUGAUAUCCUUAGGAUGUCAGCUAUAUGUUAAAAAUUCACUUUUUAUACCUCACUCUUAAUUGUGCUGCGACGGACGUAUACAACAUCCUUUUAAGUAAUAGAAUAUAGAGUUCUUUUCGGAUAGGACCAUUUUAAAAAGUCAUUGCGUGAACAAUUAAUUCUAUUAACUGAAGUGUUGUAGAAUACUUAACCACUGAUGGGCACGUGAAUAGGUUACAAUUAUUUUAAAGUUUUUUAGAAUAACUCACUCUCUUGGCUAUCAACCGCAUCUAGCAUCAUUGGAGUCAGAA